UGUAAGUUUGUUUCAGACAUGGCCGAAACAACGGGAGAGGGACCUCAAGGAGCACCAUUUUUUGACAAAGACAGAAUUCAAAACAGCCCCGAGGAAGAGGCCAAGCUGGAGAGGAAGCAUUUCUGGAGAAUAAUCGAUGCUUUUAGAUUGUACAGGGUCAACGUCCAGGAGCAGGUCAAGCGUGCCGAGCGUCAGUUUCUGAGCCUCCCGAAGCACCACCAGGAUUUGCUGCCAGAUGUUUUGUCCAACCUGGCCCGGAUCAGCCAGUGUGCGGACCACAACCAGGGCAUUAUGCAGGCCAUCAUUCACAACAGCCUCCACAUGUUUGAGAACAUUGAGUACGGCGAGAGGGAGGAUCCGCGGAAGGUGCGUCCCUCUUCAACGUUUGACAUGGACAAGCUUAAGUGCACCAUAAAGCAGUUUGUCAGAGACUGGAGCGAGACUGGCCGGAAAGAGAGGGAGACCUGCUACAAGCCGAUCAUCCAAGAGAUCCAAAAAAUAUUCCCAAGCGACCAAUGGUGAGCGUGCUGAUUCCGG